AUGGCACUCAGCUCUAACUUUCCUGGAAACCUACCCGGUAUGACAUACGGCCCAUACUUUCCCACUCGAGCCGACUUAGUGGCCAACUCUUUGCUUAACCCGAACCCUAUUUUUGCAGAAAUUUUGGCCGAUUUAUUGGAGGAAAUGUCAAUCAAUUCAGACUCGCCUAACACUGCGGCCAAUAAUCUAUUACAAGGAGGUCUUCUCAGCGCAGCUCAAAGCUAUCCAAGUCUUUCCAGCACCGCAUCCAACACCACAUUAACAUCGAGUCAGUCCAUCACAAACUCCGUGAGCUCAGCGGCCGCCAGCGGAACCGCACUGGCCAUCGGCGGCGGCACAACCGGAUCAAACAAUUUAGUGAACUCAUCGCAAUCGCAUCAUCAACAGCAACAACAGCACCACAAUCACGGCCUAACGAUGUCCGUCACGUCCACCACGUCCUCC